AUGAGAGGGAUGCACGAUAACAGUGUUGGACUGGUGAGAAACAACCAGAAUCCCUCCACUCAAAUCAGUGUACCAUCAUUAAGUCCUGUAAUAAAAACGUCAGUAGGGGCCGAUGGUAAAGGAGGUCAUCCCAGUCACAUCAGCCAGUUCUCCCAGCAGCAGAGCUUCCCUCCCACCAUCAACAAAUCCCUGGACUGCAGCUUCUGUGGCGAGCGCUUUUUAACCCGCGAAGACCUGAUUGUUCACCGAGCGAGUCAUACCGGAGAGUCACCUGUUCCUUGCCCUUUAUGUGGCAAAUCAUUCGUUAACAAGACCACGCUGAGCAUCCACAUGCGCAUUCACACUGGGGAGAAGCCAUACGCCUGCCCGCAGUGUGGGAAGCGCUUCACACAGAACGGCAGCCUGAAGAUCCACCUGAGGACUCACUCCGGAGAGAAGCCGUACACUUGCUCUCAGUGCACCGCCAGCUUCAACAACCCGAGCAACCUGCGCAGGCACAUGAUCACACACAACAACGAGGUGCACUGACACUGUGUGAUGAAAAGACUUAAAGGAUUCAUUUAGAUUUUAUUUAAACAUUAGCAUGUUACUUUUAGACUCUUUUUUUAAUGUCUUAAUGUAUUUAAGGGAAAAAUGUGUUUCCUUUGGCGCCGUGUCAUGAAUUAG